AGCAUGAAAAAAAACAUAGAGAAUAACUUGAUUACAUUACCGUGGUGUUUGGCUUUUAUUAGUUAUAAUAAGAUUUAUAGUUCUGUGAGGAAACAACGUGGAAGAUCUGCAUCAUGUUCAAAAAAUUUGAUGAGAAAGAGAGCAUUUCUGGUGUUCAGCAGUUGAAAUCUUCAGUCCAGAAAGGAAUCCGUGCUCGGCUGUUGGAAUUGUACCCGCAUCUAGAGAACUACAUAGAUCAAGUUCUGCCGAAGAAGGACACUUUCAGGAUUGUCAAAUGUCAUGAUCACAUCGAGAUUGUGGUGAACAGCGCCGGUGAACUACUCUUCUUUCGUCAACGUGAAGGGCCCUGGAUGCCUACCCUGCGGCUCCUGCACAAAUAUCCGUUCUUCCUGCCGAUGCAGCAAGUGGACAAGGGCGCGAUCCGUUUCGUGUUAAGCGGCGCGAAUAUUAUGUGUCCGGGGCUGACGAGUGCGGGUGCGCGCAUGAGCGACGCCCCGCGCGCGCAGGUGGUCGCCGUCAUGGCUGAAGGGAAGCAACACGCCCUCGCUGUAGGACUCACCGCGCUGUCUACGGAAGAUAUAGCUAAAGUGAAUAAAGGCGUGGGAAUAGAGAACUGCCAUUACCUCAACGACGGCUUGUGGCAAAUGAAACCAGUGAAGUAAACAGAACUAGUUUAUACCAUUUCUCUUUUAAGAUUUCGUAUCAUUUUAUUUUUAAUAAAUAUACACGAAUAUAAUUUAUAUUC